AUGUGCCACACCAGCUGCUCCUCGUGCUGCCAGCCAGCCUGCUGUGUGUCCAGCCCCUGCCAGGCUGCCUGCUGCGUGCCUCCCUCCUGCCAGGCCUCUCUGUGUGUUCCCAUGAGCUGCAGGCCUGCCAUAUGUGUGCCCUCCUGCCAGGCCUCUGUGUGCCUCCCCAUGAGCUGUGGGCCCUCGCUGUGCAUGGUCCCCUCCUGCCAGUCCUCAGGCUGUUGCCAGUCUUCCUGUCCUGCCCUCCUCUGUAACCCUGUCUCCUGUGGCACCUCCUCCUGCUGCACUUCAUCUUGUUGCUGA